AUAAGUUAUAAGGGAGAGCCAAACACCAUCACCACUCACAGUCACAGUCACACCAGAGAGCUCUCGCAAUGGAGGGAAACAGACGACACUUGGGGCUUGUUCUGCUUAUCCUGUUGUACAGCGGGCACGCUCACAGCCAAUCAGUGAGUUGCCAGGAGGCCAGUUCCUGUUGCACAUGCGUUGCGACUCCCGGAUGUUCGUGGUACUACAACAGCACCCUCCCCGAGCCUUUCUGUGACUACACUCCGCACGGCUACUCUAGCCUGACCAACGUGGACGAGACUCUAGAGGUGAAACAGAACGUGGGUUUGCGACAGGAGAUCCAGUUUGAGGUCAUGGCAAUGUCAAGGUCGCUCAGGAUGAGAGUCGUGGACGGCACAGGUGGCGCUGUGGGCUUCUCUGUGAAACCUUCCUUCAGCAACACUUGCCCGGGCAGGUUUACCGCCGUAGGGAGGAAUCAUAGACGAGGUCGACGGCUGGUCGUGAUGUGCAGCAGGGCAAGUCCAGGGGAGGUAAGCAAGUUCAAGCUAGUCUUGGACCAACUGGCCUGCUACAGCGACCCAAGGGAACUCCGCGUCAUCCUGCUCGAGCCCAAUAGUAGGAAACGACUCCGAGUCUUUGUGGAACCCAACUGCGCAUGCCCUUGUAGUAGUAGCAGCAGCAGCACCACCUCCUCCUACACCACCACCACCCUCUCCUCCUCACCCUCCUCCUCCUCCUCCUCCUCCUCUUCAUCCCCCUCUUCAUCCUCCCCCUCUUCAUCCCCCUCUUCAUCCUCCACCCCACAAAAUGCUGACGUCAUUAGGAAUGGAGGAGGAAGAGGAGGACGACGACGAGGAGGUGGGCGUUCCGAAAGUGAGCCGUCCGCAAGAGGAAGGCGUUCCGAAAGCGAGCGGUCCGCAGUUGCCGCUCCGGCGUGUGUCGCAGACUGCGGUGCUGCCUGGACCACGCCGCUAUCUGAUGGGACGUGCAACAACGACAUGUGCCAUGCCACGGCGCCCGAGUCACCCUGUUCUGACAACGGCGUCUGUGUGUGUGGUCAGUGUGCAUGUGGACGUCCGGCGUCCGCCGAGGACAGGAGAAUCGCCUCCAUCUUCACUAACAUGCCUGGUAAGGCCUGACACACUUUAAACAAU